AUGCUGUACAGUGUCGCAGUCGCCGGGGCCGGGAUCACAACUUGUCAGUUGAAUGAGAAGCCGUUGAUGAUAUUGAAGGACAGCACCCCGGAGUCUUCGGGCCUAGCGGAGGGUAUUUUAGGGCCAGCGCUUCUGGUGAGCCUGAGCUGGACACUUGGAAUGGUGAUCAGGCCCAUUCUGUCGGGAUAUCUCACGGAGCAGGUCGGGUAUUUUGAGAUGAAUAGUGUGCUGGGUGCGUCAUCUCCUUUCCGCGUUGCUCAAAAAUCGGUUUUUUUUCUCGACGCCAACGAGAGUCGGCAGCGGGAAUGUGUGCAUUUUGUGCCGUCGUCGCCUUCUGGAGCCUGA